CAACCCUAUUAUACCGGUACCUGUGCUGGGCAUGAAUACUACCCGCAUGUGGGGUGUCUCGCAGUCUACAUAAAAGUCAACCCCAUCCCACUCGCCUACCGCUGGCCUUUCUUACACCUCACCGUCUUCUUUUCAAAGGUCAUUUCUACCUCCCACCACUUUAUGUUUCUCUUCUUUCACUUCAAUAUUCUUCUUCGACAUCCAGCACAUCAAGGUUACAAGUCAUUUCAUGACUAUACACCGCCUACACCACCUUCUACCGCUCGUUUCUCCCCCCCAGUAGCAUCGACUGCUUCUCCUUUGAGUGUCGUUUCUGUUAUCAACAAGUCUCUUCCUCCCCUGCCAGCCAGGAAGUCAACACCACAGCCAAUGUCGACCCCGCAUAGAGGCUUGCCUCCACCGGCGGCCAUGACAUUGCCCCAACCAAAUCAGCAACAGCAACAGCAGCAGCAACAGCAGCAACAACAACCUCCACCACCACUACCGAUCGCCCAGCCAGCUUUAAGUCAGGCUCCUCCACUAACUCAGCCUAUGGGACAGCUACCUGCUCCUCCACAGCAAUGGCAAGGAGCUGAAGAAUCUAUGAGGAAUUGGCUACAAGCUAAGGCGGAAGAGGACAGGCGCAAGCAAGAGGAAGAGAAGACAAGACAGGAGUCACUUCGAUUGGAGCAACGGAAAAUCGAGCAAGAAAUGUUGAGAGCGUCAUUAAAUGGGGGAAUACCGCCCUACAUGAUUCCCAUGGUAUUUGCUGGCAUGGGGGGUGGCAAUCUACCGGGUGCCUCGCUCGAAUGGGCUCAGCAUUAUAUGGCACAAGCGCACCAUCUCCAACAGCAACAGCAGAGUCAGCAACAGCCGCAGCUGCUUCCUUCACAGGCGCAGACUACUCCUGAACAAGUACCGAGGAGAGAAUCUCGAGCACAUGCCCAAUCGUUCAGUGGCCAGCAGCCUCCGGCACCUAUGACAUUGCCUUCCACUCCCGUAGUACCUGGUGGCACUCAACAAAGCGCUGGGUUUCUUCCCAGUUACCAGAUGUCACCGGCCUCGAGAGCUCGACAAACUGCACAAGGGCAGGGUACGAUUGUCCGGCCUCCUCCAACGUCGCAUCUUCCUAGGCUGAAUACAGGUGAAAUGCUCAUUCAAGCACCUCCUCCAGGUCCUACCAUGCAAAUAUUACCUGGCCAACCAGCGCACCCACUGCAACAGUCACAAUCAGUACAGCAGCAAGAAACUCAGUCUUCACCAUCAAUCUACUUUCAUCAUUGGCAGCCUCCGACUUCCCAAGCAGAUCAUACCUCAUCCCCAAAGAAACGAAAGGCUACGGGACCACACCAACCAGCACCACCACCAACCUCACAACCGCAGUAUAGGUCACCGCCUUUCUCGCAGGCCGGAUCAUCGGUUUCAAACACACCCUCCAGUCGACGACGUGGUCAUUCAAGACAGAGAAGUGACCUGUCAGCUAGGGGGCUCGAUUCUUACGGCCGACCAGCGAGCCGACAUCGACAUACUGAAAGCAGCUUCAGUGGACAAAGCGUACCGUCACCACCGAAUCAAGGCCAGUUUUCCGAGCCGGGACAAUCUUCAAUGGGUCACAUAGAGACGCGACGACGGUCUGGAGGUUCGAAUCCAGUUUCAUCACUUCUGGAGCAAAGCGACUCGCGACCACAAUCCCAGCAACAUCAACAUCAACAACCCCAACAGAACCCUCAGUAUGCGGGGGCUCCGGAGAUGAGGCAUGAGGAACGACGUACCACGCCCGAAGACGAAAAUCCACGACGAUCGAAGCGAGAUGAUGGACGAGAUUAG